UACGAGAAAAAAGAACACAUAAACAAAUUCGUGCGUCAGUUGCAUGGUAACAAAAAGUAAUGAAGAAUGACCUUAAAGUUCGGUAAAAGUAAAAGUAAAAUACAGUCAGACAAAAAUUGCAUUAUAUUACAAAGGAUGUAUAUAGCUGCAGUGUAACUAAAUCAGAAUGAGUAAAAAACUUGUGAAUGGAAAAGAGAUUGAAAAAGCUCGAAUUGAGAGAAAAUGGAAGAACGUUAUAACUCUCGUUAGUGCAUUAAAUGUUAAAAAUGCUGGAGGAGCUCUUACAUCAGAGGAAGUUGAGCUAUACAGCUGUUUCUACCUUGGUGAGGCUGAACUUGAACAUGCAAUUGAACAGUGUGAUAGAACAUCAGGAGCUUUUAAUAUAAGGAUUCCAGAAGAUAAAUUAAGACAAGCUUAUAGUUACCUUUGUGCAGCUGCAACAGCCUCAAAGAAAGCAAAAGACAGACAUCCCCACAUAUACCAGGAUUCUCAUCUGUUGUUAUCAAAAUACUACUGCGUUGUUGGACACCAUCAAACUUGUGUCCAAACUAUCAAUUCAGUGGAACUUUUAAAUAUUGACACCUUGUCAAAACGUGGAAAAUAUAUCUUGGCUGAAGCUCUCACAUGCAAAGCAUUAGCAUUAGAAGUGAUACUAAAAGCAGAAUCAAGAACAGCCAAAGAAAUUAUUUCAACAUAUGAAAUGGCUACCGAUAUUGUUUUAAACAUAUGCAUUGAGGAGGACAAACCAGCAACAUUAAAACGUACUGCGACACCAACAUCAACAUACGCAAAUGUUUUAACGCCAAUGCUUGAAACUUGCCUUACAAGGCCUGCUGAGCUGUUUAUUAUAAAUGGCGAAGUCAACAAAGCCAUUGAAAGUUACAGAUUAUUACUUAAAGCAGUUGAAACAAAAACAAUGUCUAGUAUAAGAAAGGUAAUAUGUCGAAGAUUGGCAGAGGUACUGUUAUCGUCUGUUGAUGCGUCAACGUAUUCUCCACCUGGCAUGCCAGAUGAAUAUGCAAUGUCACGCACUGGAUCUAUAUCAAUAUCGACACCAACAAAAACAGAUACGCUAAACACAAGUACAUCGAAUAAAUCUUUAAAAAGAGAUCAAACAAAUAAUGAAGAUAGUGUUUUUAUUCCCAUGGGAGAAGUAGAAGAGUCAGUACUGCUGCUGCUGCUUGGUGAAGCCAUGCAUACAAAGCAUGCAGUGGUCAAACAACAUAAAGAAGACAGUGCAUCAAAACGUAAGAUAUUGAACGAGACAAAUGUGAUAUUUGAUCUUCUUGUUUUGGCUUUGGCUCGAUGUGAACAGUACAGUCUUGCGGCACAGUCCCUGGAGAAGAUCAUGCAUUUAGCAUUUGACGAAUUCCAUCUAUGGUAUCAAUUUGGAUUAUCACUUAUGUGUUCUGCGAAGUACUCACAAGCAUUGUUGAUAUUCGAUCAAUGUUUGAAGAUAUCUGCAGACAACACUGAUGUUUUGAUGUUGUGUGUGAAAUUGUGCAUCAAUCAUUUGCAUAAAUUCCAAGAUGCCAUUUCUUACGCCUCAAAAGUUUUACACAGCUCAACAGAUGUUCAUGAAAAAGCUAGUGCAUUUUUAUCGAUUGGAAUUUGUAACAACCAUCUCGCUAUUAAAGCGAAAUUUUCCAGCGAAAACCAGAAGUAUUUGCAACUUUCGCUAAAUGCACUUAAUCAAGCCUACGAAUUAGAUAAAAACGACACAGAGAUUUUGUUUAAUUUGGCUUUAACUCAAGCUUUAUCAAAACAACUUUCGCCUGCGAUUAUUACUAUCCGUUCAUCUCUUGCUAUCGAUCCUACAUCUCUAUCUUGCAUGUAUCUUCUGAUUUUACUACUUUCAGCAGAAAAAAAGUAUCACGAAGCAUUGGAUGUGUUGGAGACUGCUGUUGAGGAGUAUCCAGAAGAGUUUAAUUUGCAAAUUAUUAAAGUCAAAUUGACGGAAGAGUGUCAUGGAAGUCAAGCUGCUGUUGUUGUUUGUCAAAAUCUUCUUCUAUUGUGGAAUGAGAAGUUUAAUAUAAGCACUCGUCUAACAGAUCAUAUUGACAAUGCACCAUUAGAUAUCACAAAAAGUCCUUCAUAUUCCAUGUCAUUGACGAAACAAAGCUUAAACGAGUCGAAAGCACACGACACUACGGCUAGUCUAAAGAAAGUUUCGUUGGCUGAUGGAACAAGCGUGUACGAUGAGGACGGUACGACCAGUAUAACAGCCUCUGGUCGUUUCGAAUAUGCGUUAUCAGAAGGUACUUCAGGUGCGAUCGCUAUGUAUGGUAACAUCCCGAUCUCAUCUGCUAUUGCAUUGCUAUCAAGAUUUUGGUUGUUAACCGCUGAAUGUUUUAUACACUUGGGAGAUGCAACUGAAGCUUCUGGCUGUAUAUUAGAAGCAUCAUCAAUAUUUCCUCUAUCACCGGAUGUUCUGUACAUGAGAGGCCGACUGAAUGAGUUACAAGAAAAUUCUGUGGAAGCAAAAGCCUGUUAUGAAAGUGCCAUGGCUUUGUUACCAACGCAUACAGCUGCAAGUCAGCGACUGGCUUUGUUGUAUCACGAUAAUGGAAACUUGGUGUUAGCUGAACAAACGUUACGUGGCUGUAUUUUACAAGAUGCUAGCAAUCAUACUGCAUGGAAUGAUUUAGGUGUUGUGCUGGAAUCUGCAGAUCGUAACGACGAAGCCGUUGAAUGUUUUAUGUCAUCGCUGCAUCUAGAGAUGUCCUCACCCGUCCUACCCUACACAAUCAUACCGAGAUUCUUUAAAGCUUUUGACGCUACGUAGCUGGUUUACACACCUGGAAUAAGAAUUUUUUUUUUGAGGAUUGGUUAAUUAAAAACGCCGUAGCAUGUUGCGAACAUUUCAUACACGUUUUUGUUGUACAGAGUGUUUCAGGAUUACUGCAAUAGUGGAUGUCCAACACGCAACGUGGGAUAUCCAACACGCAACGCGGUAUGUCCAACGCGCAACGUGGAAUGUACACAUGGAAUGAAACAAAGAGCGCGUAGUACUGUAAACAUUUAUAUAGAUUGUCUUCCGUUUCUCUACUCUCUUCUGCUGAUUUUCAAGUUGAACAAAAUACUUUGCUGCAUAAAUUUUUGCGGGAUUAAUUUUUGCAGAAUUUACUCGGUCAAUAUUCACCAAAAUAACUCAUGCAUAUAUAGUUGUCCCUUUGUUGCUUGUAAAGAUUUCUCCUCACAUCCUGAAAAAUGCUCAUUUGGAAAAAUGUACGGUAGCAAUGACUGGUUGAUAAAGGUUUCGCAAAAUUUAUAUUUUUUUUAUAAUUCUGGGACUAUAUAUGCAGAAAUCCAUCAAAAUCCAUCAAAAUACCAUUAAGUCGUAAAAAUAAAUCCCACCGAAAUUUAUCCAACAUUUAACAAAUCUUCAAGUGCAUGUAUAGGCAUGUUUGAGCCAAUGCAUCACGUAGAUGUGCACCUGCCAUCCGUAUACAAAGGCGCAUUCUAUUAUCUUGCGCCCCAGUUUUAUAAAAGGAAGGUUGACGCCCUAAACCUAAAUUAUUAUCAAGCAGAAGAGUCGUUGAUUGAAGGUAUUUUUAUUCUUAGCUUUUGACUGAAAAUAGUGAACAAUUUUUUUCCUAGUAGUAGAUUUUACAGGGCUUUAUCAAUUCAAUGUUGGGUUCUGUCUGUAUUAUAUGUGGAUUGUUUAAAUAGAUGAAAAAUAUCUUUUUUUUAUAA